AUGAUGAACCAAAUGGGAAUGAUGAUGCAGCAACAAGGCGUCGGUGUGCCAGGAGGCCCAGGUGGUGUGGGCGGUGUUGGAAUGCCAGGUCCCGGCGGAGUCGGAGUGUCUCCGGGAAUGAUGCAGUCCCCUCAAAUGCAACAAGCUCAACAGCAGCAAGUACAGCAGCAGCAGGUUCAACAACAGCAGCAGCAAGUGCAACAACAGCAAGCGCAACAACAAGCCCAACACCAGCAACAGGCGCAGCAACAACAACAGCAACAUAACCAAGCUGCUCAGGCUCAACAAACUGAGAAGGUGGAUAACAUUGCAAAGGUGAAGGUGUUGGUGGGCCCUCUUCGAGACGCCUUGUCUACAUCCAUCAAAACGGCCGCCCAACUGAUACAGCAAAACACUCUUGCGGAUGCUGGAUCCAAAGCGGUAGAUCUGAACAAUGGGCCACGAUUUGACAAACAUCUCGAGGAGUUUUAUUCGAUUUGUGAUCAGAUCGAGCUAAACUUGAAAACAGCAAAGCUCUGUAUGCAACAGUGCACCUCAUCGCAACAGUAUUUGCCUAUUCCUGUGGCCACCAGCCAACCUCCGCCUCCGGAAACGAAUGCGCUAACGUACAACCAGUACCUGGAGGUGGUGAAGCUACAAAUUGGCUACGCCAAGGAUAUUCACGACACAUUAAUCUGCGCUGCACAGAAUAUUUCUCCCAGCGAAUGAUAGACAGCAGCUAUAGGUGAUGCACCAAUUGAGAGAAGGAUAGUGUACUUUAUUUGUUCGUUAUGGCAUAUGUUAAGAAAUGAGCAUGAUCGAAUGAAGGAGGCAGCCCUCGUCGGUCCAGUCUGUCACGAUUCGCUCAUAACGAUCGUCUAUAAAAUAUAACUAAGCUUAUAAGACUAAGAUUAAGAACGUUUUACGAUUAUUUUUCGCUGUCCGUAAAUACAACGUUGUC